GAGCAACGAUAAAGGACAAGUUUACGACUCUACUGUGGCCUCUGGAAACGUGUUGAAUUGUUUACUCAAUGGUUGAUGUUAUCAUUUCGCAGUAAAUCACUGAGUGGCCCACAUCAUCGUUGUUAUGCUUCGUUCAGCUUUCCGUGGAAAGCAACCAGCUGAUUCAACGGUAAAGGAGGAAAAACACGCGUCUAGCGAGCAUGGAAAAUCUCAUUUCUUCUUUCACCACGAUCAUCAUCAUGAAGAACAAGAUCGCAAAGAUCAGAUAACAAAUAUAAACGAUGAUGCGAUUCGUUAUAAUGCAAGUGAUGGUGAAUUAUACAUAGAUUGCAAUCAGGAAUUCUUAUCCCUGGAGGAAAGUAGUAGUUCGGAGAGGGAGAGCAGAAAUGAAGCAAAUGGGAGCAGGGGAAAAACUACUUCAGACGAAAGCUUCCCAGCUAGUAGUGGACCCAUUCCCAAGAACGUCGGAGGAGCUGGCACUAACGAUCGCCGUGAGGGAAGCUUUUCUAACUCUGAGAGGCAGAUUUAUGAAAUGCAGUUAGCUCAGCUUCAGGAGCAGCUAGUUAACACCAUGAUUGAUCAUCAGGAAUUGAGUAAGUAACAGCAAUCUUAUGAAGCAAUCACAAUGCUAAAGCUCCAUUUCAAUAUCCGGAAUUUUGGAUUUAAUAGGGAACUUUUAACGAGAAGAAGGGAAACAGAUCAUGGGAAACUGAGCUUUAAUUAAAGUUUUCAGUUUCUGGUUUAGUUUGUUUACGAAUAUGAAAGAUGUGAGUUAAUAUUUUUCCUUGCUGAUAUUGAUGUAAAAUGGAUUCGGCAGGACCCCCAGGUGGGGCUAUGGAAAGGGGCAGGGGGUGGGGGUUAGGGACACUGAGCAGUUUGUUGAGGCUUUCAAACCCUGACGCUGUUCAAAACAAACCUGGUACAUUUUGUUACCCCAUUUUUAAAAGACAUCAAAGGACAAUUUUCAUAACACCAUUUCAUUUUACUUUAAGAAUUUAUUAAGUAAACUAGCAUGACAGAAUAAGAUUUUUUGGAAAAGAAACUCUUCUUAGUACCACAAAUGAAGAUUGUGCAACAUACUACCAAGAUUCAUCACUCGUUCAGGAAGCUAAAGAAUGAAAUUAUGUACCCUGUUUAGACUCAAGACUGUAAAAACCAUACCUUGUUCAUUGGCACACACCCAUUAAGGUUCAAUAAGAGAGUGUGCUAAUUUUCCCACCCACUCACCCACCCACCCACCUCUCUGAGUAUGGCUUCUCCAAUAGCAUUUGUAAGAACCUUUCCCCCCUCCCCUUAGGGGCCUUUUAACAGUAUUCUUUAAGCAGGUGAUGUCAUUAAGAAGCUAUCUUGAAUAGUCCUGCCAUUCACCAUGGUCAUUUAGUUUAAUGUGAUAAUUUUAAAACUUGUUUUAUUAGGCACCCAGCUUGAGAAAUUAAAAGCUAUAAAUGUUGAAAAGCUUCAAAAACAACUGCAAGAGGAAAGAGAGAAAAAUUUUGAGCUGAAAGAAAAACUCAGACAGAAGCAGAAGUCAGUGAGUUCAAAACUUCAAAGGUAUACCUUCAUGUGUAAGAGGCCCUGCCAGGGGCGGCCCCAUGUCGCCCAUCUGAAUUUUAAAACGUCUCGUGUCGGUGUUUAUAAAUGCUUGUUGCUUAUUGUCGGCUUUGCCGUCACUGUCGCAAUUUGGCCGAGGGAGGUUGUCUCUUGUUGAGAUUUCAUUUUACGCGCUGUCGCUACUUUUUGGGCCAUGUCGCUUGUCGGAAUUUUCCCUGGCAGGGCCUCGUGUAAUAAUUUACAUUAAUUUUUCAUUGGCUAUUUCCAAUCCAAUAAUUCAGAUCUGAUGUUUUUAUAAUCUAGAGGCCUCACAGUUAUGAUGAUGCUUCAUUUUUACUUAUAUCAUAGCUAUUGAAGGUGAUCCAAAUAACAAAGGUUCCUUUUUUUCACUAUAGAGUGCUAAAGACUGUGACGUCAUAAAAAUGAAAUUUCUGAAAUUAUGGGAUUUGUUAGGAUAUUCUGAAAGAACAAUAUCCAAGAGGCCUACUUGCCAAAAAUGAGCAUUUCGGGGCAAAUUGUCUUUGAGAUCGUAGCGUUAUGGUUAGAAAACUCCAUACAAACCCUUCUAAAUUUUUUGGGGUUGACCCAAUUAUUAUUAUUAUUAUCAUCAUCACCAUCAUCAUCAUCAUCAUCAUCCAUUAUCAUCAUACUCACCAUCAGUAUCGUCAUUAUUAUUGUAGGAAAAAUGCAAGCCGAGUACAUCACAGGCAUAGUCAUGGGACAGCAAUACCCGUCUCAGAAAAAUAUGGAGAUGAGUGGGUAGAUCUUGGUAAAGAGGAAGAGUUGCCUCAUUCGUCUUCCUUACCACAUGAUGCAAGUGAAACUACUGUCAUGGGAGAUCACUCUUAUGAGCAGGAGCAAACUGAUAAUGUGCAUGAUGGAGUGCAAAGUGAUACAGCAGGGCAAUCAGAACAACAGACAUCCUCCGUCUCAGGUAACAACACAGGCUACCCAGGUAUGAACCCAAAGAAAAGUAACUAAGCACAAGCACUUGCUCUGAGUGCUGUCAAUAAGCACUGAUGUCGCAUGAAAAGCUAUAUUGCUUAUGGAAGUUAGCCUUGUAUUUUCAGUUUCCCAAGGAGAUACAGGUUUCCUGAAAAGGCUGGGGCAGGUAUUUCGAAGUAGGUAUACAGCGCAUCACUGGUAGCCCACGUUGUUACAGACAGGUUAGGCAGGGAUUAAAAUGUUUAAGCAAGGCCCCCCCUCUCCCAACAGCCUCUUAACUUAGGUACAACUGGUGCUGAUUUUUGAAGAAGUAAAGACUAAGGUACAACUGUGCAGUGUAUCUUAAACAGAGGGAAAAGAUACAGUCAAACGCCAUUAACUCUUUAAGCCCCAGUAUCCACAUACAAAUUCUCCAAACUGAUAUCCAUACAUUUCCUUUAAGAAUUAGUUGAGAUAAUUUAAUAAAACAUUAAGGCAUUUUCUUUUUCGUGAUCAUUGUUUAUAUUCUCACAACCUUAUCUCUUGACAAUGUAUGGACAUUGUUAGGAGAAAAUUGCUGUUGGUCACUAUUGAGACUUAAAGGGUUGAUAAAGACACCAUGUCUAUGGCCCCCUCAGGCUGAGGGGGCCAUAGAAAGUGUCCGUAUAAAGCUGGUUGAAUUUAGAGAAGAUGUAAGAGCUAGGGACAAGGGCAACUGUCCGUAAUAAUGAGCUGCCAGUAUCAAGUGGGUGUCCGUAAAGCAGGGUUCCGGUAAUUUGACUUUAUUUGCAAGUAGGUCCAAGAAGCUACAGACAGGCCAGUUAGGCAGAGGUUUUGCCAGUUGGAAGAGACUGUCAUGCUAGCCUGAAAUAAAGGCACCUGGCUGUUCUGUCCCAGUCUCCCCUCUCAAUAAGUUAAGAUGUGACAUCUUGUCUUUUGAAGGAAAUCAGAUUGAAGAACCUCACAGAGUACAAAGGGUUAAAACAAAGCUAGAAAUUUGGAAAAUGAAAGUGAUGGAUCUGGUGAGUUGAAAAUUUCUCCUUCACUUCUUGUGUUUUUUUUUCUUUCGUUUUCUCAUCUGUUUUAAUUUGAGAAGUGAACCUUGAGGCUUUUAUUUUUAAAUUGCUCGUUAUGGUGACUUCACCCCCCUCCUCCCAACCCCCAAAUAGUUUUCUCGGAUGACAGCAAGUGAUUAUUUUUAUUUAUUUCUACUGAGAUCGUGGAUAGGUUGUGGGACUUUGUUAAUGAUGAACCAGAAGGGAAUGACGAAGAAGAUGGAGAAGGAGAACCUUUAGCUGUAAAAAGGUAAGUUAAAGAAAUGUUCCUUACGCGUGUUACCAUCCUCGCAAGUGACGAUUUUCACGCGCGCCCGCGUGUGUUACACGCUCUGUGCCUCUUCUCACCCUGAGGAAAUUAGAAAAACUACGUCACUGAAAGAGUGUACUUUGCCUGAUAAUUGAACGGGUAUGUUUAUUUGAAUGUUAAACUAGUUGACCACUAUCUUCUGUCUAAAUUUCAAUUCGUUUCUUUUUUCUUCUUUCCACAGAUUGAAAGAGAAUAUCAACCGAUUUAGUAAGUGAUUACAGCAUUUGUCAUAUUUAAUUCUCCCGUGUUUUCUUUGUUUCGUUUUGUUUUGUUUUGUUUUGUUUUUUUCUCCUUCAAAUUUGAACACGCUACCCUUUCAACCGGGUAAGAUGUAAAUUGAAAAGGUAUUUUUCCAUAAUAAAAAAGAGAACUCAGUUUUUGAAGUGUAUCUAACCUUCAUUAAGAACUUUUUUCUUUGUUCUUUUAGCCGCAGGUAUUAAGCCUAUAACUGGUUUCAUCAAAUCUGUUGGCAGAGUUUUUUCCUGGUCUAAUCCCACGGCAUCGCUGUUAAUAUUCGUGGUUAGUGUCCGUGGCUUAUUAAAGGAGCUUUGUUAUGGGAGGUCCAGUCCAUUCUGUUUAAUUUUUCCAAUUUAAUAUUGGUACUAGCUCGCUUGAAAAUUAAUUUAAGUGAUCAAAUUCAGUCAAGUUGUCGCUUACUGGAGCAAUCAAUCCAAAUCACCAUGCUCUCCAACCACAACGUAUAGUGGUGUAUAUUUGUGGUGUAUCAAAUUGUUGUAUUGUUUUUAAAGUUUAUAAGACAACUGUUCUACACAAGCGAGUGUUGAAACCAGGCCUUAAUUUGCCUUCUCUGUCGGUUUUUUUUUUCUGUGAAACAGUUAAUUUUGCUUAAAAUGGAAAAUACGGAUUAGUCAAUUUACUGCUAUUUACUGUUUCAGGUCUACAUGUAUUCUGUCUGGAAUGGCUAUCUUUUAUCCUUGAUUCUUUUUGUCGUGCUUUGGAAGCUUUUUAUGAAUUACCUUCACGCUAAGUAAGUCUUUAUGAUAUUAAAAUUACACCACGAGUAUAGGUUGAUAGUUUAAACAAAGUGGUUGUGGUAUAGUAAAGUAUGCGAUGUAGUUUUCACAGAAAUACACUGAGAGGAAUGUAAGAAAAAUUGUAGAAUACUGAAAGCUAAGUAACGACACGUUAAUAUUCACUGACGAAGAGAUGUAAAACUAGCCAAAUGAGCGGUCGACAGAACGUAUAACUUUCAACAAACCUGAAGACGAUGAUAUUUUAAGCUAGUCCUGCGACUUUAUUUGCAAUUCUUUGACAACUAAAAAAAAAUUGUCAUUUUUACUUCAUCUCAAUUAUAUAGCACUUUGUGUAGUUUGCCUUAAUUUUGUCGAUCUACUUUAACGAAAAAAUUGGCGAACAAAGUGAAGGGCCUAUGGAAAUCGAAGUCGCCGACUUCUUUAGCUAUGAUGAUCAUGGCUAAAUAUGUUCUAACUGCUGUGCUUUUCUUUCUUCGUGACCAGAGGUAUUGCUAAACAGUUGGGAUUCGUAGACAAAACAAAGGAUGAGGUAUGUUUGUAGACUAAAAACGCAUCAAAGCCAUUGAUCAUUACGUCGAUGAAUUGUCUGAAGGCGUUACCCGUCAAACACGGCUGAUCCACUUUGUCUUGUCCCCUUCCCUCACCCCCACAGUACUCGCCGGCUCUUUAAUCGCUCCCCACCCCUCCAUUUUUGUCAACUUUUCUCCAAACAAUUCACGAUGAAGUAAAGACCACUUUGUGUCCGUAUUUCUAUCCUCGAGCAAAAACGAUCUGUUGUGUAAAUUUGCCUUUUCCGUCAGGGCAACUCUUCAGAAGAUCACAGCUGGUCCGACAAAUUUCAGCUUGUUCUGCAGGUUGCAAGAAAAGUUCAGGUGGGGAUUCCUCCAUUUUAUUAUCAUCAUCAUCAUCAUCAUCAUCAUUGUCAUCGUCAUCGUCAUCAUCGUCAUCAUCAUCGUCAUCGUCAUCAUCAUCAUCAUCAUUGUCAUCGUCAUCAUCGUCAUCGUCAUCAUCGUCAUCAUCGUCAUCGUCAUCGUCAUCAUUGUCAUCGUCAUCAUCGUCAUCGUCAUCAUCGUCAUCAUCAUCAUCAUUAUCAUCAUCAUCGUCAUCAUCAUCAUCGUCAUCGUCAUCGUCAUCGUUAUCGCCAUCGUCAUCAUUAUCAUUUUGCUUAUUCUCUUUGUUUACUACUUUUCUUUUACUUUUCUUCGUUUACUUUUUUCAUUAUUUUGAAUAUUAAAUACGCCUAUAUAUGCACGCUACAAGAAACAUCGCCACUGAGUAGAUACAGGUGCCAAACCGUGGUAUGGACAGCCGCGCAUUUUGCUGGAUUUGGCUUACGCAUGUAAUUUUUUUUCUUAGAACACCCUUGGAAAAAUGGCAGAUUCUCUCGAAAAACUGAAGAAGUAAGAAGACGUUCGUUGAGUUUUGUUUGUUGUUUUGUUUCUGAGUAUAACAUUUGCUAAAUUAAAUACUUAUCUUUACUACCAAACGAAGUCCUGUCCAACUGUUGAACUGUCUGCCUGUCACUUUUCAACAUUUCUCAAUCAUGUCGUUAUUAACUGAAGCUCCGCUUUUUGGUUUACCUUAAUGCCUGUAUUAUCUAUCCUGAUUGUUUCAGUUUACUAAUGUGGCAACACCAUGAAGCCACAAGAAAGCUUUUCACUGCACUUUGUGUUGGUCUGUUGGCGUCGCUGCUAUUAAAGGGACCAACUCUAUUUUUGCUACUAGGUAAUGCAUCAAUCUCAUCAUGAUUUUAAACUAAUUACUGUAGGUCAUUUAGCUAACACAGUCAAAUCAGUUUUAUUUCACUCUGUGACUACGUAAUACGACCACCCUGCUAAUUGCUAAUAUGGCCUCGGUAUUUCGAGCACCUCCUAAUUUAUGUGGGUCAAAAUUGAGAAGGCGGCCAUUUUAUAUCGCGCAAAUUUACCUCGAUUUCACGUAAGCUGAGGGGAGAAAUUGAAAAGAACUAAAGCAAGUGUGGUCGAUGUUUUGCAGUUCUUCUCAGUUAGAUUUUUUUUCUUCUUAUGUGACAGGGCUUUUUGGAGGCAUAAAGUUCUUUAUUAUUAAUCCGAUUCAGAAUCGCUUUCCAAAGGUAACCUGGUUUUAUUCUUUUCUUUAAUUUCUCGGCAACAAAUAAUUAGUCAUGACGAAUAAGUGUAUAAAAGAACCUUAAUUUACUGGGAAAAAUAGUGGGAGUUCACAAAUCAUGAAUUUGUCAGAUCAUGCGUUCGUUUUUUCUCAACUUUGCGAGGGGUCUGGUAAGUAGUAGUCUGCUGCGCAGCCGUUGUUGCGUUGUCACGCAACGCUGAAUCGUUGUUUGCGCAUGACACGUAAUUGUUUGUUGGGUCGAAUUGCAUUAUGUGAAUGUUUUUAUUAUUAGUGGCUGUUACGAGGUAGCGCAGGGUACUGGGUUAAAACUCAUCCCCCAAAACAGUCCCAUAGUGCAGUUCGAGUUAACACGGACCAAGACUCACGUGCAAUACCUCGUUCGUCAAAUAGAUUAGAAGUAACGAUAUUACAAGGAGUUUGAAAUAUCGUUCAUUUUGAGAAGGAUCCUCUUUUAUGCAUUUACUGUAAAUAAGGUGAAAAGUGCUCAUGGCUUUAUCGGAGUUAAAACGCAAGGGCUUGUUAUAUUGAGCUUUCACCGUAGUACUCCGUUCCGCGUCAUAUUUUCAAUUGUCAAGCUCUGUGUAGAUAAACCUCCAGUUUUCAGUUCAUUGACACUUCUCUUGUAAAUAAUUUUGCUUGUGCUAUUUUUGAAAAAGGUCAAGAGGCGGUAUGAUAGAACAUCUAAAUUGUGGAGAGAACUUCCAACGGACGCUGAACUCGCUGCGAGGCCGAUUGAACUACUGUGCAAUGAAGAGGUAUACUUACUGACGACAUUGUUUCCAAGUCGUGUUGAGAUUUAUUUUGUGUUCAUGUAAAGCGGAAGGUCAUUUUUCAGUAUUACCUCGGGCACCCUGGAAUAAAAGCACAUCUCCUUCUCUCUAACUGUUUAAAAACUCCAUUGCAGGGUUUGUGUCUAGAAAUGUCUUGUUAGAAGCACCACCAAAAUAUGGGUAGUUACACGUCAUCAGUACGAAGAUUUUGCGCUCGUUUCCAAGGAGUCAUUUCCCGGAAGAAUAAGUGGUGACGUCAUGAAAUGUCGGCUGCUUUGUCAGGCUACAUGAUAGUCAGUGUUUAAAUUAAUCAUGUGAAAGUCUUGGUUUGACAGUGGAUUUGUAUUCGAGCCAAGAAAGGAGAACGAAACAUUUGAGCGAAGCGAGUGAAAAAGACUUUGACAGGCGAAAAUUACAGAUGCAUUAUACCCACAUCACUUUUGUCAUUUUUGUUUUUUUCAUUAGGCGCUUUCACACACAUCUUCUUCUAGUUCCUCGUCGUCGCCUAGCAACAGCCAUUCAUCUGAAACAUCAGGCUCUUCAUCAAACCCCUUCGCAGAGAGAUUUAGAUUACCAUCAAGUGAAACUCCUUUACCAGGUAAAAAGCAGAAUUAAUGCGUAUGUCAUACAUGAAGUUCUGUCAAGCAGUAGGAAGCUUAAGCAAAGGCAUUUUUGAGCGACGGGCGUCAACCGGAAGUACGGCCUUUUCCCUUUUUGAUAUGCCUUGACCAACAAUGCGAAAUGUCCACUUCCGGUUGGCGUGCGUCGCUCAAAAACGUCUGUCCUUAAACUCCCUAGUGUCGAAAAAUUAACGUCAUUUUCGUCCUCUUUAAGGCUGGGAAGAUGGCAAAAGAUGCGUGCUAUUAGAUAAAGACAAAUCUUUUUCCCACGUUAAACACGGCAGAUUGUUUCUAACUCAUAGGUAAGAUUUUGUUGAGAUUGGGAUUUGUUUCUCUCUCCCUUUUUUUUUGGCUUUCAUUAAAUUUCCUGCCUCGUAUGCUAGACUGUGAAGACUGUGAACUCUCCAGAAUAACCUUUGAGGUCUUAGUUGAACGUCCCAAAUUCAUAAUUUAUUUACUUUUCACUACCCACAGCUAUUUAUGUUUUGAGAAGUCCAGAUCGUUGAGCGGAAAACAUAUUGUCAUUAAACUUGAUGCAGUCACAAGUCUCUUUAAGGUAAAGUUUGGGUGCCAUGGUUAUGAAGAUCAUUUUCUUCUUUGUUUUCUUCCUGUUGCUUUGCUUUGAAGGGGGAUUAUCAAGAGCUUCAAAUCGAAUCAUAAUUUUCUUAUAAUGGUUUUAACAAAGCCAUUUGAAUGUCAGUACUGCUUCCCAAGUUUCAUUUUAAUGGCCAUACUAUCAAGAUUUCGUUCACAGACUUAAGAAUAAGAACCACCUUUUACAGCAUCAUAAAUAGUACCAUGAGAAAGUUCUGCUAAAGAGGUCUUAUUUGAAUGGUCAUGCCAUAGGAUUUCGUUCACGGAUUCAAGGUAGAACUAGUAUAUAAAGGUAAUACCAAGUGAAAGUACUGCUGAAGAGGCUUCAUUUCAAUGGUCACACCACAUGCAGGAUUUGGUUUAGAGAUGUAAAGUGAAAAGCGCAUUACGUUAUUUCGUAAUUGACUGUAACAGCGUAAAUGAACACCAAAGUGGUGUGGGGGUAUAAGAUUAGACAUCAUUCAAUUCGCAGUAGGCUUAUUACACAUUUACUUUGUUUCUACAGGCCAAGCCGAUAGGAAUAAUGCCCGGGACGGGAAUGGCGAUAGAAGUUCAACUGCGAGGAAUAGACAAGGUAUAGAAAACUUGACGCUUUGUCUCUCUUCCAGAGUUAAUCAGAAUAUAUGAGAAAUGUCAUAGUUUGCCGCAUACCGAAAAGUGUUUAAUAAAAGUAGAUAUUCAUUUGUCAUUAAGCCAUGAAGUAGUUUGUAUAAGUUUGGAGAAUGCAGUUACUAAUCUGGCUGUUGUGACCUUUUUCUAGCCCUACAUAUUUGGAGCAAUCAUUGGCAGGGAUGACGUAUUUGACAAUAUCAAAGCCACAGCAAGAGCAGCUAAUAUCCCAUGGGCUCUAGACUGAUAACGUGUUGUGUGCAGUAGCCUGUGUAGCAAGCGUUUCCAUGAUAUACAAUUCACGCAUCUGAUGAUAGUAAUCUUUCAGUGUAGCCUAGCGUUUAAAUUAUUCAAUGUCUUUGUUCGAUCACUAUCGCCGAGAUGUUAGCAUGGGUAGUUUUGUUUUUAGCCAGUAUUUGACCUCAGGAUGGUGUGGGCGUACAUGCAUUGUCGGUUUUGUGGAAAAGAACUGACUACCCUGCGAGAUUUGUAAAUUUUGUGCAUCUCAAAAGUAUGUAAAUAACGUUAAACGAGUGUUAGAUACUUUGGACUGCAAAACCGGCCGGCCUUCGUUGGUAAUGACUAUGUAAAAGAUUUUGUGGAUGAAUGAAUAACACGUUAUUGUGUAGAUAUAUAAAUAUAG